GUUCACGCAACCGAGUGCCCGGAGAGAAGCGAGUAUGGUGAUCCUGUGGUCGGUGAAAAUCGAGCGCAACAUCCGUCGAUCGAUCCGCUAAUUAACCGUCCUAGUCAACGCCGGUGUCUCGAACUACGUCCGCAAGAAGUUACCGCCGAAGAAGAACUCUGCACCAGGUCAGGUGUCGUUCCUGACCACCCGGCUCGAGGAAGCUCCUUUUUCUUCGCAGUGUCUUCUCGCGUAAAAGGUGUCACUGUACGGAAAGACCUUUCCCAACCCUGGUAGCCACGCAGCGUGCAUCUGGUGUUUACUGGCCGCGAGAAGACCGCGGUGGUACACGCUGGUGACUCUUCCAGGUGCAGCACAGUUCUUUCCGGGUCCAGGUGGAUUUCUUCGCAGAGAGGAGCUCCCACCAGAGCGCCCUCCGCUUGGCCAGAUAGGUUGAAGUUUAGACGAUCUCGCAGAAGGGACCCCGACUGACGGGGGUUAACAUCAUCGGGACGGCAGAUGUCAGGAUGCCGGAGCAAAGCAACGACUAUCGCGUGGUGGUGUUUGGGGCGGGUGGCGUUGGCAAGAGUUCUCUUGUCCUGCGUUUCGUGAAAGGAACAUUUCGUGAGUCCUAUAUCCCCACUAUCGAAGAUACUUACAGGCAGGUGAUAAGCUGUAAUAAAAACAUAUGCACGCUUCAAAUUACGGACACAACGGGGUCUCAUCAGUUUCCCGCGAUGCAGCGGCUUUCCAUAAGCAAAGGUCACGCCUUCAUCCUGGUGUAUUCGGUGUGCUCACGGCAAAGCCUCGAGGAACUACGACCGAUCUGGGCCAUUAUUAGGGAGCUCAAAGGACAGGACAUAUCGCAGAUACCUAUAAUGCUGGUUGGGAACAAAUGCGACGAGAGUCCGUCGGUCCGCGAGGUGUCCGUGAGCGAGGGUGCAGCGGAGGCGGCGAACUGGGGCUGCGGGUUCCUGGAGACCUCCGCGAAGACGAACCACAACGUGAACGCCCUGUUCCGGGACCUGUUGUUGCUCGAGAAGAAUCGAUCGGUCUCGUUGCAGCCCGUGCAGAGCAACAACGCGAUCAGCCUGAAGGAGAAAUGCAUGGUCAUGUAACCAACCGCGUGCAGAAUAGGCAGGAUAUCCGAAUGUUGCGACGCGAGGUGUACGUAGGCGACGCAAAUCGAAGAGGGCAACGUUCUCUCUGUACUCGACACCAGAAACGUUUGCCGCUCGUUCCUCGACCCGGCAUGGUCAUCGUCCAUUGUAGUCUCGGCGUGAUCAAUGGGUAAAGUAAGCGAAACUUGCGUGAGCGAAAGGGACGAUAGGUAUCCGCGAGAUAUCACGCGUCGCGCAACGCGCGGUCCAAUGCUCUUCAGAGUUGUUGCAGAAGGUCUGGGAUCUUCUAUUAUAAACGAGGAUCCGACGAUGAUUCACCGUUGUUGCUCGGAGGGACCUGUCCCGAUUGUUGAAACGUUCGUUGUUUUACGAUGCAUUAGACCCACGUUGCGCCACCACUUUCUAACCGAAUGUACUCUAUACUAUUGAUAGAUUUUUUAAUUUUGAUACAGAGCGAUGUACUCGGUCCGCUUCCUAGGUUCCACGAGACCAACGACAACCACGCGUUUUCUCAUUCUACACGAGUUGGCUCGUUAGUCGGGGAACAGCCUCGUUUGGUAGGCCAGUCGUGUACGCGCCCUUAACCAUUUGUCUCGAGCUUACUACACGGAAGGGAUCGUACCGAACGAAUCGGCCGACUCUGAACCAGGGCCAAAUUAAGAUUUCGUUCGAACACUGGGUUAUAGGAAUAUCUGCGAAAAUCCCAGGAGAAGUUUAACGUAGAAUAAACCUGCGAUCGUCGUUCGCUAUUACAUUUUUAAUCGUUUCUUCGAUGAAAAUGUAAUAACCUGAAUGCAAUGUAGAAUUCGUUAUGGGUCAAAUUGACCCGUCGUUCGCCUUUCGCGCGAGUGUUACGGUCCGUGGCCCUCCAGCUGACGACGGUACUGCGGGUUCGCGAGCUUUCAUUGGCGCUUGUAUCCCCACUCUGGUUCAGAGGAUGGGGCGGAGCAAGAAAAGUGCUCCCGCUAGUCGACUUCUCGCGAACGCGCAGUACACUAGCCCCCUUGGGUCCAAUGCCUUGACUCGGCCCUGGACACCGACCGUACCGUGGUACGGAUAUACGUACGUCGAGAUCGCGUCACUCGACAAGCGGUCGUCCCUUUCGUGACCAACGAACAGGUGGAUUUUUCUGAAAGAGCAAUCAGUACAAAAGCGCUCGAAGUCGACCACGUAUCAAUAUAAGAAGAGGCACCGAACUCGUUCCGUUGAACCCGCUCUUUCACGAAAAUCGUCGCGUCGCGCUGUCCGAGACUACUGCAUGAUGAC